AUCUCAGUCACGUGAUCCGCCAACAUCGCCCUAGAGGCAGCCAUCUUGGAUCGAUCCUGUCGAGUUGGCUGACGAUCUAUCGGAAUUUUUGGGAUACAAUUUAGCGGUUGUCAGCCUAAUUUGGGGGUUUUGACGGGCAGUUUUUCCGUGACUUUUCUUUCAGCAUGUCGGGCCAGAGUGUUCUGGACCGGGUGACGGCGGCCAAGCACACAAUCACCGGCUCGGACUUGGCCAAGUCGGUGUGCAAGGCGACAACCGCCGAAGUCAUGGGGCCCAAGAAAAAGCAUUUGGAUUACUUACUCCAGUGCACAAUGACAGAGCACAUCAACAUUCCCGAGCUGGCAGAUCUCAUUAUAGAACGUGCCACACACGCCAACUGGGUCGUGGUCUACAAAGCACUCAGCACUUGCCAUCAACUCAUGAUUUACGGCCACGAAAAAUUUAUACAGUAUUUGGCAACAAGGACAGUAGUUUUCAACCUGGAAGAGUUUAUGGACAAAACAAAUGUUCAAGGUUACGACAUGUCGACGUACAUUAGACGCUACUCAAAGUAUCUGAACCAGAAGGCGCUGUCCUACAGAACCGUGGCGUUUGAUUUCUGCAGGGUCAAAAGAGGAAAGGAGGAAGGAAAAUUACGGACAAUGCCGGCAGAAAAGCUGCUUAAAACCUUACCAACCCUACAGGCACAGAUGGAUGCUCUUUUAGAAUUUGAGAUAUCACAGAAUGACUUGACGAACGGUAUAAUCAACGGCAGUUUUGUGUUACUCUUCAAAGAUGUCAUCAGGCUCUUCGCCUGCUAUAACGACGGAAUUAUCAAUCUUCUCGAAAAAUAUUUUGACAUGAAUAAAAAGGACUGCAAGAACGCACUCGACAUCUACAAGAAAUUCCUGAGUCGAAUGGAUAGAGUCGCCGAGUUCCUCAAAGUUGCCGAGCAAGUUGGCGUCGACAAGGGGGAAAUUCCAGACUUGGCUCAGUUCCGUGAUGUCCCAGCUGAAUAUAAAAGUGAAGGUUUUCAGAAUGUUGGUUCUAAUCCUUCAAAGGAUGGUCGGGCCCCAAGCACACUCUUAGAAGCCCUGGAGGCACAUGCAGCAUCACUGGACAACAAGAAGUCCUGGACCAAACCGGCUGCUGUCACGUCGGCCGUCAACGCUUUUGCCAACUCGGUCUCCCGCAUCGACAGCGAGGAGAAGCGACGAGCCGUCGAGGAGGAGAAACUCCGCCUGGCUUCCAUGAAGGUAGCGAAGGAUCAACCGGGCACUGAUGCCUUCUCGGCUGAGCCACUUAGUGUAGCACUGACGAACAUGAACGCCAAACAAGUUCAAGACCAGGCCGACAGUAUAAAGACGCAACCAGCGCCCAACCAGAAUAAUCCGUUCCUUUCAUCGCCCACCACUUCACCGGUUCACCAGCCCGCCACGACGGCCGUGUCCAGAGAUAUCUUCGGUGCACCACCACAAGGAACCGUGCCCCAACAGCCAGCGCCCAUGUCCAGCGAUCUUAUGGGGUUGUCAGCAUCAGCCAUGAUGCCCUCUAUCCACGCUCAGAUAGCCCAGCCACAAAUGGCGGCCCAGGCGCAGUGGGGCGCCUCAAAUGUCCUGGCAGCUACGUCCAGCUCACCGCUCACCAUCCCGGCCCCGGGCUCGCCCCUCAGGGCCUGCACCUCGGCACCCUGUAGUUACAAGGACUCGUUUGAGCCCUUCGGAAACGCUCAAACAAAGGACAAUAACCCUUUCCAUGACCCUGAGCCCUUUGAGGCCCAGUUCCCGGACCCCCCUAUGAACCACUCGUCAGGCCCGCCCCCCUCUUUCCUGGACGCUCACGCCCCUAUCGACCCUUUCCCUAACUUCCUUGACGAGAGCAUUCUGGAUAAGGAGGACAAAACGGCGCAGCUCGAGUCCGUCUUCGGAGCGCCCCCUAUCUCUCCGUCCUGCACGCCAAAAUUUCACAAACCGCAGGAGGGGAAAAACAACGCAGCCAUGGCUAACGCGCCUAGCCUGGCACCCACUGCGGACCCAGUCUAUCCUACAGGAUUCCCCUCGUACGAGGGAACCCAGGCUAGCUCCCAAGGCAUCACAAACAACAAUGACAUCGGGGCCAACUUUGACAAAGUCUUUACGGAUAAUGCCAGACAAAAUGCCAACACCCAAGAGUUCUUUGGCAUCCUCCAGCCCAUGAACCAGCCGGGCCAGCAGCCCGUACCACAGGAGAUGCCCGCCAAGUCGGGCGAGGGUGCCGAUCUCGACACCACCCUCAGCAAGUUAGCAACCAAUAUCAGUCUGGACAUCAGAGGGUCAAUGUCGCCCAAGAAAUCGGACCACCAAUGGAAUAAGCAGACUUCAAAUAUGGCAGGAAGCAGAACGGGCGGUGCGGCGUGGCAGCCUGUACAGAUGGCGUCAACGACGUGGCCCCAGCAGCAGCAACCGCCAUACAUGGAGCCCAACCAGGGACAGAUGCCUCCAAUGGGUAUGGGUGCCAGACCGGCCGGUAUGCAGCCAGGGAUGGGCAUGUACCCACAGGGUGUGGCGCCUGCGGGGAUGUACGCCCAGCAACAGCCGCGCAUGAUGACCCAACAACAACAACAACCGAAUGAUCCUUUUGGAAAUCUCUGAAAGUAAACAUCUGAGCUCUUCGAGAAACAAAUGGUAUAAAGAUGUAAAAUAUAUACAAGACAGAAGACCAGGUUUGGAGCGAGGACGGUACAAAGUGCGGACCGCCCCCUGCCCGUGAACUGACCAAUCAGAGCCCUCCGUGUCACGUGGAGGCUUUGUUAUGCUAAGUAAUAAUGUAAUACCUCAGUCUUUGUGGAUUGAGACCUCGUGAAUAUUCAUCAGUGUAUUUCAGAUUAUAUACUAAACAAAAAGAAAGGAUUAUGUAUAAGAUGUAAAUAAGGUACGACUUUUAUCCAAUCAGGUUGGAUUGGAGUAGGCAAUAUUAAUUUCUUAACCCUGACUGGUCUGGUGAGUAACCCUAGUUGUUCGACGGCUCAAACAAGACAAGGUAAGCUGAGUAAAGCCAGAGUGCACAAAAAUCGGUUCAGUUGUUUCACAGUGGCUCAUGCAUCUGGUCUAGACAUGGGCGAUAUAGCCCAUUCAUUGGCACUGCAGGGUAACCCUAUACGAUGGCACUGCCCGGCUGUCUUCAUCACUCUACCACCAGUCUAAGUCGCAAGUGGCAGUCAGUUAGUGAGAUAGGUACAAAGA